CCGGGGGCGCAGCGGGCUCUUUAAGAAGCCCCCGUGUGGGUGGCUGUCGCCGGCUGCCAAGUGCGGGAGAAGCCGAGCUUUGCGGCGAAGCCCGAGCGUAACCAGCCGGCUGGGGGAGAUGCCGCCCCGCGGUGACUGACAGCAGGACCAGCUCUAUGCAAAUGGCGCCGGGGGCUCUGCCGGGGCUCUCUCCACACGCAGCCGCCUCUCGCCUCCCCAGCCCCGUAACGCGCCGAGCCUCGCACAAAGCAAUUGUUGCUUUUUUUGGGGGACGUCGUUUUACACGUAAAAUCAUCUCCAGCACGGUUUCAGUUUGAGAUACGUGUGAGGGAGCUGGGGAGAUGUGUCAGAGCUUGUUACUCAAGCUAAAUUAGGUAAUUUUUAGCUGGGUAACGUGCUAAUCUUUAAACCUUUAUGUUUCUAAAUCCUGCGUAUGUCUGGUCUCUUCAUACAAAAGUGUAUUUUGCUUGUUUCUUCUCGCCUUCUUCAGUCUGAAGCCUUAUGUAGGUCAGGCUUGGCUUAAGCAGAUUUCCUGAACCUGCGUCAGCUUAAGCUGAAGGAAUUUUAAUAAACCCUCCCUUGUAGGCGUGGGCCUAAAUGAGACUAGCCUAGUUAAGCCUGAUCUUUUUCUGUUUGUGAAAAAGAGCUGAGCAGAGCUAGGGACUGCAUGGUGGCUCCAGGAACGGCUUCCUUAAUUCAAAGGUAACAAUGGUUGGGAAGGCCAGAUCUUCUAAUUUUACCUUAUCUGAAAAGCUCGAUUUGCUAAAACUCGUGAAGCCGUACGUUAAAAUUCUCGAGGAACAUACCAAUAAGCAUUCUGUAAUAGUGGAAAAAAACAAAUGCUGGGAUAUCAUAGCUGAUAACUACAAUGCCAUCGGAGUAGAUCGCCCUCCUCGUACUGCACAGGGCCUGCGCACGCUGUACAAGAGGCUCAAAGAAUAUGCCAAACAGGAGCUAUUGCAGCAAAAGGAGACUCACUCAGAUUGUCAAAGCAGCAUUUCCGAGCCAACCAAGAAAGUUGUGGAGAUGAUUCCACAGAUUUCCAAUGUGUGUUUAAGAGACAGGAGCGGUGUUCAAAGUGCUAGUAUCGAUAAAGAAAAAAUUGCUGGUACCAGUUCACCACAGGCAAUGUUGGAUCACCAUCCUGCGACAGUCAUGAUGGACUUGCAGUCGGAAGAGGAUGUCAAACCUCCUCCUUCUUUGAUUAUAGACUCACAGCAAAAUGAGAACUUAGAACAAGUGGAGGAACACCAGCUAGUGCAUAUUAUGGAAAGGUCUCCCUCAACAUCAGUGUCUUCAGUUGAUAUGAGAGUGAUGAUGUCUCCGUCCCCUGUACCAAGAAGAGAUGAGUUUUUUAGGCUUGAGGUUGGAGACCGCUUUAGACCAAUGUGUGGUUAUGACCCACAGAUGUUACAAAUGCUGAAAGAAGAGCAUCAGAUAAUAUUAGAAAACCAAAGAAAAAUCGGUCUUUAUGUCCAAGAAAAAAGGGAUGGUUUGAAAAGAAAGCAGCAACUGGAAGAAGAACUGUUGAGAACAAAAAUCAAAGUAGAGAAGCUGAAGGCAAUACGACUACGGCGUGAUCUGCCAGAAUACAGCAAUAUUUAAAUAUUUUAUUACUUCUGUCAUAUUCUUUGAUAUACUUAAUAAUAAAUGCAGAAUUGUUCCUUAUGUUAAUAUGGAUGGAUCAAAAUCUGGGCUUGAGACAUGAAAGCAUAUUUUCCACAUUGUUGUUUGUGUACCUUAGAAAAAUACCUCGUAUGCGUUUGAAUGCACCAACUCUUCUGGUCUGAAAUAGUCAAAUCCUGUACAUUUAAGUGUUUAGAUUGAUAAAAAUCCAAACUUUUAAAAUAUUUCCACUUAUCUCUAUUAGAGUAGUGAUGAGCUAAUGAAAUUAGUCAGGUCUUGUUAAAAUUUUGUUCAUAUGCAUUAUUUUUUCAAAUAAUCACCUUUACUAUCUUGAUGAAGUUACAGGUUAAUAAAUACAUAUAAGAAGGAGAAAUAAGAGGUCUUUAAAUGUCUUUUUCUUUUCUAGUUGGUAAAUCUUAUGACAGUGGUGAGAUUUUGCUGACGUAUCAGCUUGGAAAACAAAAUGACUGGAUUGUUAUAUUUUUUUAAUGUUCAGUAGACAGUUGAAUAAAUGUACAUAUUUUUAAAAGUUAAUACUUUUUAAUUGUUUCCAGUGGAGGAGUGUUUCCACAGGAUAUUAUAAAAAUAGAGACGAUGAACGCAACACUUGGUUUUUAAAACUGCAUGCAUGUGUAAUUUGUGUGUACAGUUACCAUGAUUGUAUAUUCAGUUAUAAUAAUUAUGCUGGUGAUCAACCACAUAAAUGUCUGAUUUCCUCUUUUGCAUGCAUAAUGACUACAGUGCAUGUGCAACCAAGACAGUUGCAGGUGCCUUUGAUCAGUAUCACUAGGACUAUAAGCUACUGAAAAGAAAUAAUUUCUGUAUGUAAGUAACAUGUGACUUGAAAUCAACAGAGGAUUCCGUGUUAUUCUGGGUACCUUUUAUAGAUGCUGUUGUUCUGAUCUUUCGAUUAGUUUCAAAUAAAAAGCCUCAAAUAAAAAUAAAAUUAAUUCUUCUGUCUGU